AAAAAAUCCACACUCAAGACUUAUUUCAAUACCAAAUUGGGGCUACAUACAUUGCAAAUUGUAUCAUUCGGAUGAGAUUUUUAAAAAGGUUUUUUGGGUGACUGCCGAAUUGCAUUGAGAACAGACCAAAAGCGAUCAGGGAUAGCCUAAAAAGCCAACGACAAAGUGUAAUGAACGUUCCGAAGGUCAACGGUGCGUAUACUUCAUUAGCGAUUAGCGAAGGGCGGCGAUGAAAAAAUGGGUAAGAAACGGAGCGAAAGGAGACCGCAAAUGACCCAAGGCAGAGGGCGGGGAAGGUGGAAACCUCGUGGAGGUCCCGUGGCUAAUCGACUCGGCCAUAUGUUAGCGCGGAUUACGGGUCGCUAACUGGCUUAUGAUAUUUAUUGCCAUGCAUCCCCAUUUGCAUGCCCUGCCCUUAGACCACCGCCCCCACCCCCUUCAACUGCGGGAUUGUCCCGCAGGAAGCUUUUCAUUUCCGCUGCUGUCCGAAUUUUUAAAAUCUAUGAGUGUCCAAUGCAAAGCAGGAGGAAUUUCCAUUAAAAUCAUGCAAUAGGUGCAAAUUACAAGACAAAAAGGUGAGCGAACAGAGGGAAGCAAAAUGAAGAAAUUAUGCAAAAAAGAAACGGAAGUGCAGCUAAAUAAAAUGCUGACAGUGGUUGUUCACACAGGAAAUAGAAUUCUGUGGACGAUGUCGUAAUUGCUUACAUUUUUUUUGACAACAAGAACUAUUGUGAAUCGUGGUUAAAAUAAGAACACUAUUUACCAGGCUUUUGAAUUGGCGCCUUUCGGGGGCGCCAUCUAUACGAAAAGCCUAAAAGUAUGCCUUGCAAGAGGUAUGAAAGCGCCAACUAGUGGCAUAAAGUGGAAUCUUUUCAUUUUUCUCAUAAAUGCGUUUUGCGUUUUUAACACUAAUGCCUAUUGCCAGCUGCUGAAGUCAAAAAGUGAAAAAAAGGAAGUGGGAAGAAAAUAAAAAAAUCUGGAGCAUAAGGGCAAAGUGAACGAAUAGUUUUCAGUUUGUGGGUAGCAACAAUUAGUAGAUGCCAGAAUAAAGAAGAAGAGAACAGAAAUAGGCUUUGAAAUUCCAACAAGAAUAUGGUAAAUACCGAUGCAAAAGUGUUCAAAGGAAAGGGAGGAAGGAUGGCGAGAAAAGUGUGAAAACGUGCGUAAAGGUUUCGGCGUUUUUGUUUUGAUUCUUAUCAGACUGUGAAGCAGACGCGAAAGCAUGCGGAGCGAUGAAAAACCGAGUACAAAACAAAAUGGAAAGAAAUGCGCGCGCUCUAAUAAGAUUGCGCGCUCUCUUCCUCGCUCUCUCUCUUUCGAGCUCUCUUUGUCCAACUGGAGAGCUUUCGUGUCGGUUUCGGAUUCGCUUUGCGUUUCAUUCGUGAGCGAGCGCUUGCUUCGAACGGACGUCUUUAAGAACGCCCUCGCAUGCCACGCCCCCUUCGAGAGGCUUUUGGUAAAGAAAUACGCGACUGCAUAUAAUUGCAAUAUCAAGAGCAAAACACUGAUCAGAUAUUGAUGGGAUUCGAGAUCGAGCUGGAGAUUACUGUCCGCUGCAUUCCAAUCGGAAUAUUCCACUUCCAUUCCGUUCAUAAAACGCGCGCGUUUUUCGUCGCGCCGAUCGUUAGAAAUUCAUUAAGGCUUGUUAAUCGCCGCCAAUAAUACAAAUAAUACAAGUAAUCGCAUUGAUUGCCCUGAUACUCGCCGUGUGUGUGAUAGUGAGUGCUUGUGUGUAAGUGCGAUCGCAUCCGCCGGUAAAUGUCCGCGAAAAGGAACACGAAUCUGGAUCUUCCGCAGACUUGAUGCCGACGUAGCUGAAGAUAUACCUCCGGUCCAGCAGCUGGACUCGAAAUGUCACGACGCAAACAGUCCAACCCGAAGCCGUUGAAUAAAGGUGAUUGUUCCGAUACCGCAGAAGAGAUGACCGUCGACAGCAGAGAUUCCAAAGAUCUGAGCACUCAGGAUAUAGGCGAGCAGAAGCAGCAGCAAAUGGAGGACCAGCUGGAGGAUCAGUUGAACGAUUCCAGAGAACCCCAAAACAACAAUAACAAUAUCGAUGACGACGAUGAUGAAGACGCUGAGUUCGAGGAGCCAGAAAAGGCCAAUUCCCAACAGGAUCAGGAUUUGGGAGAGACAGAGAUGGAGCAGGACCAUGAUCUUCAGCAGGAGGAACAGCAGGAACUGCCUGCAAACAGCCCAAGCACUCCGCCCAGGAGUCCCAGCUCUCCCCAGCUGAUUCCCAAGCUGGAACAGCCCGCCACGCCGCCCUCGGAGCCAGAAGCCUCUCCGUGCCCCUCACCCUCGCCAUGUCCCACGCCCAAGUACCCCAAAGUGCGUUUGAAUGCGCUCCUGGCCUCAGAUCCUGCCCUUAAGCCAGAUGCCAAGGAGCUGACCCUGCCCGACUCUCGUCUCCUGGCUCCUCCGCCACUCGUCAAGUCGGACACGCAAGCGCAACCGGAGGUAGCAGAGCCUCUGCUGAAACCAGCCAGAUUUAUGUGCCUGCCCUGUGGGAUUGCAUUCAGUUCGCCCUCCACUCUGGAGGCCCAUCAAGCCUACUAUUGCUCUCAUAGAAUUAAGGACACGGACGAGGCUGGCAGUGAUAAGUCAGGGGCAGGAGGAUCGGGAGCCACAGCUGGCGAUGCAGCAGGGUUGACCGGGGGCUCCGCCGAGCCACCAGCCAAAAUGGCCAGGACAGGAAAGCAAUAUGGCUGCACCCAGUGCUCCUACAGCGCCGAUAAGAAGGUAUCCCUAAAUCGCCACAUGCGCAUGCACCAGACUUCGCCAGCAGCUCCCACACUGGCCGGCUUGCCAAGUCUGCUCCAGAACGGAAUAGCGCCGCCGGGAGUUACGCCCAAUCCGAUGGAGGAUAGCUCUAGUCAACAAACCGAUCGCUACUGCAGCCACUGUGAUAUCCGAUUCAACAACAUCAAAACUUAUCGAGCGCACAAACAACACUACUGCAGUUCGCGGCGACCAGAGGGCCAGCUCACGCCCAAGCCAGACGCCUCUCCGGGAGCAGGUUCCGGGCCGGGUUCCGCAGCCGGAUCCAUAGGAGUAUCUGCCCAGGCGGCUGCGCCCGGCAAGCUGAGUCCGCAGGCCAGGAACAAGACUCCGACUCCCGCAAUGGUGGCCGUCGCAGCUGCUGCAGCGGCUGCCGCUGCCUCCCUUCAGGCCACGCCGCAUUCGCAUCCACCUUUCCUGGCACUGCCCACCCACCCGAUUAUAAUUGUGCCCUGCUCACUGAUCCGUGCAGCUAGCUUUAUUCCAGGCCCACUACCCACGCCGAACUCGGGAAUCGUGAAUCCAGAAACCACCUGUUUUACCGUGGACAACGGAACGAUUAAACCACUGGCCACUGCCCUAGUUGGUGCCUCCUUAGAACCCGAACGCCCUUCGGCUCCAUCAUCUGCUGCUGAGGCCACAGAAGCCAAGAGCAGUCCUCCGGAGCCCAAGCGAAAAGAGGCAGGGUUAACUAGAGAAUCUGCGCCUCUCGAUCUCUCGCUGCGUCGAUCGCCAAUCACCCUGAAUUCGCUUAGCUUGCGGCAGCGCCAACUGAGGAAUGCUCUCUUAGAUGUGGAGGAAGUACUCCUUGCCGGCGCAGGAACGGGCAAGGAGAACGUUGAGACUCCGAGAGGAGGUGGAAGUGUGACUCCCGAGCAGAUCGUUUGCGCUCCAUCCCUGCCGAGCAGUCCUUCGAUGAGUCCCUCGCCCAAAAGACGAGCCAUCAGUCCACGCAGUUCCGGGGCCGGUAGUGCCUCCUCCAUGUCACCACCUGGUCUCAAUGUGGCUGUUCCCCAUCUGCUCGACAUGCGCUCCAUGCUACCUGCGGACUUUGGACUCUCCGAGUCGCUGUUGGCCAAAACCAACCCGGAACUGGCUCUGAAACUGGCGGCGGCAGCGGCCGCAGCUGCUGUGGCGGGCAGUAGUGGAGCAGCAGCCUUUCCGCCCUCUUCUCUUCCUGCCCAAACUAGUAGUGGGAAUCCUGGCAGUGGAGGAUCGGCAGGUGGUGCCCAGCAACCUCAGAUCUAUGUGAAAAAGGGCGUGUCCAAGUGCAUGGAGUGCAAUAUUGUGUUCUGCAAGUAUGAGAACUACUUGGCACACAAGCAGCAUUAUUGCUCGGCAAGAAGCCAAGAGGGUGCAAGUGAAGUGGAUGUCAAGUCGGCCGUUUCACCAUCCAUCGCUGGAGCAGCAGGACUAGGAGCCGCAGGGGCAGAAGCUGCUUCUUCUGUGGAAACCACACCGGUGGCAUAUCAACAGUUGAUCUGCGCCGCCUGCGGAAUCAAGUACACUUCCCUGGACAACCUGCGAGCCCAUCAGAACUACUAUUGCCCCAAGGGAGGAGCAGCUGCUGCCCCCGCCGCGACCCCCACGGAUCCCGGUCAGCUGGCCUUGCCAAAGGAGAAGUGCGGAAAGUGCAAGACAUUGCAUGAAAUUGGUCUGCCUUGUCCACCACCCAUUGCGAAUCCUCUCGCAGCGCCGACAGCCAGUGCGCAACCCGCCUCCAAUAGUCUGAACAAGUGUCCUGUUUGCGGGGUAGUGAGUCCCACAGCAGCACUGGCCAAGAAACACAUGGAGAUGCACGGAACAGUAAAGGCCUACCGCUGCAGCAUCUGCCAGUACAAGGGAAACACUCUUCGCGGCAUGCGCACCCACAUUCGAACCCAUUUCGACAAGAAGACCAGCGACGUGAACGAGGAGCUAUACAUGACCUGCAUCUUUGAAGAGGAUGUUAGCGCGCUGAGUCAGGAGCUGGUUCCUCCAACAGGGACAUCUACCACAACUGGACACGAUUCCAUGGAUCAUCCCUCGCAGAUGUUCAACUGUGAUUACUGCAACUAUGUCUCCACCUACAAGGGCAAUGUGCUGCGCCACAUGAAGCUGAUGCAUCCCCAUGUGGCCAUCAACUCUCCCUCCAUUUCCCCCGACACCAGAGAUCAAGAUGUGACUUCCAACCCCACUACCAACCAACACUCGAAUUCCGAUGGAUCCAACGGUGAAGCAGCCAGCUUCCACAUUAAAUCGGAGCCUCUGGAUCCACCGCCGACUGUGAAUCUGGUGCACGAGAACAACAACUCGCCAAUCGCCACGCCACAUAUUAAGGCUGAGCCAAUCGAAGUCGGAGCGGAUGCUGCGCCCGGCGGGCUGGUUCCGCCGAUGACUUCUCCGCUGGGAAACAGCAGCAGCGUGGCUGCCGCAGCAGCUGCCGCCGCCGAGGUGAUGAAGAAGUACUGCUCAACCUGUGACAUAUCCUUCAAUUACGUGAAGACCUACCUGGCCCACAAGCAGUUCUACUGCAAAAACAAGCCCAUUCGCCCCGAGGCCAGCGACAGCCCCAGUCCGAAUCAUCUGGGCGGAGGCGUUGCCGUGGGCCUGGGCAUUGGCGGCCUGGUCGGCGGACACGGCCAGCAGAAGAACAAGGAAAACCUGCAGGAGGCGGCCAUUUGAGAAAGCCAGCUGCGGUGGGAGGCGCAGCGCAAGCAGCUGGAAUGGUAUUACACGUGCUUCUAAGCAGCAGCCCAACCCAAUCGAAACUAAUCGAAUCCUAGCCUCCUUUAAAAUGUACACUAUCCAAACCGCAACCAACAAUCGACGACAGUAUUCCCGGAGAAUCUCCCGUCGCUGCCCUCCACUUCCAACGCCACUUGGGGACUGACUCCUUCGACUUACCGAUCGAUAGAAGUAGAUAUAUACACCGUACUCCCAUACAUAUACAGUACACCUAAAGGAAUAACACAUAGAUACUUAGGUACAUUAAUUUAGGCGCAUACCCAUUAAGUGGGAACCAUGACAUAUAAUGCAUGCCAAAGCUUACCACUUAGACAGAAAUUCAAUUGAGGGCGAGAAACUACAAGUUUGCAAUGGUCUGCGGAGUAGGAGGCGAAGUAUUCCAAUGUAGAUCCAAUACUAUAAUGUAAAUUACUCGCUGUUCCCCGUAAAGCGAGCAAUUCUAACUGUGUAAUUUAAAUGAGUACAUUAUUUAUUAAGUGUGUGCGACAAUAAAAAUAAUUAAUUUAUUCAAUAUGAAA